AUGAGUAGUUUUACUCUUCCUAUCAUUGAUUUGGAACUUUUUACGAGAGAUAAAACAGCUUCAGAAGCAAUAAAUGAAUGUCAAAAGGUUGCGAAUGCUUUACGUGAAUAUGGCGCUUUAUUAGUUCGUAACUCAGGCGUAAAGGAAGAGGAUAAUGCUCGUUUUUUGGAUUUACUUGAAGAUUAUUACGCUCAGCCAUUAGAGGUUAAACUUAAAGAUGCGCGUCCAGACCUUGGAUAUCAAGUUGGGGUCACUCCGGAAUUCACGGAAGAACCUAAAUGCCACCGGGAUAUCAACUGCCAGAAACUAAUUAGCCAAUUACCAGAGGAAAUUAGACCCUUACCUAUAUCUGGGCCCGAUCCUAAAUGGCGAUUCUUUUGGCGAAUUGGAGAGAUUCCAAAAGCAACGAAUUAUCCACGACUCAAUGCAGAUCCUGUGAUUCCAGAAGGUUCGUUGUCUAGGAAUCAUUACGUUUUUCUUCCGAAAUUAACAGAACCUUUUUCGCUUAUAGCAUUUAAAGAUAAAUGGCCAAACAUAAUGGACGAAUGGGGAAAUCAAAUGCACCGUGUCGUUCUUGGUGUUGCUGAAAUGGCUUCUGUCGGGUUUGGGAUGCAUGCCGGUGAAUUACCUGAUCUUACAAAAAAUGGUCCACAUUUAUUAGCUCCAACAGGAAGUGAUUUAGACAAGUAUGGAAAGAUUGGAACUAUUUUUGCUGGUUUUCAUUAUGACUUGAAUUUCUUGACGAUUCACGGGAAAUCCCGUUAUCCCGGUUUACAUAUUUGGCCGCAUAAUGGAGAUGUAAAAAUGCAGGUCCGCGUACCGGAUGGUCACCUCUUGGUUCAAGCUGGAAAACAACUUGAGUGGAUUACUGGUGGAGAAGUAAAAGCUGGAUUUCAUGAAGUCGUAGUAACAAAAGAUACGAUCAAGUCAAUCGAGGAUGCUAAAAAGACGAGACCAGACCGUCCUCUCUGGCGUAUAUCGUCCACUUUCUUCCUUCACGUUGCGAGUGACCAAAUCUUGCAACCAUUGGAGCCAUUUAAGCCGAAUCUUUCUCAUUAUCCACCUACUUUUGCCGGUGAUCAAGUUAAACACGAGUUGGGACUAAUUGAGUUAAUGAAAUAA